AUGGUGAAGGUCGGAGUAAAUGGAUUUGGCCAUAUUGGAUGCCUGGUCACCAGGGCUGCUUUUAACUCUGACAAGAUGGAUAUUGUUGCCAUCAAUGACCCCUUCAUUGACCUCAACUACAUGGUCUACAUGUUCCAGUAUGAUUCCACCCAUGGCAAGUUCUGUGGCACUGUCAAGGCAGAGAAUGGGAAGCUUGUCAUCAAUGGGAAGGCCGUCACCAUCUUCCAGGAGCGAGAUCCCGCCAACAUCAAAUGGGGUGAUGCUGGUGCUGAGUAUGUCGUGAAGUCCACUGGUGUCUUCACAACCUUGGAGAAGGCUGGGGCUCACUUGAAGGGUGGAGCCAAAAGGGUCAUCAUCUCUGCGCCUUCUGACGCCCCCAUGUUUGUGAUGGGUGUGAAUCACGAGAGCUAUGAAAACACCCACACGAUCGUCAGCAAUGCCUCCUACACCACCAACUGUUUAGCCCCCCUGGUCAAGGUUAUCCAUGACAACUUUGGCAUUGUGGAGGGACUCAUGACCACAGUCCAUGCUGUCACUGCCACCCAGAAGAUGGUGGAUGGCCCCUCCGGGAAACUGUGGCGCGGUGGCCAUGGGGCUCUCAAGAACAUCAUCCCUGCAUCUGCUGGCGCUGCCAAGGCCGUGAGCAAGUUCAUCCCUCAGCUGAAUGGGAAGCUCACUGGCAUGGCCUUUCGUGUCCCCACUGCCAAUGUGUCAGUUGUGGAUCUGACCUGCCAUCUGGAGAAGGCUGCCAAAUAUGAAGACAUCAAGAGGGUGGUGAAGAAGGCAUCAGAGGGCCCCCUGAAGGGCAUCCUGGGCUACACUGAGGACCAGGUUGUCUCCACUGACUUCAACAGUGACACACACGCUUCCACCUUCGACGCUGAGGCUGGCAUUGCCCUCAAUGACCACUUUGUCAAGCUCAUUUCCUGGUAUGACAGUGAAUAUGGCUACAGCAACAGAGUGGUGGACCUUAUGGUUCACAUGGCCUCCAAGUAG